AUGGACAAGCUGCCGGUAGAGAUCCUAACCAAAGUCAUCGACCUUCUCACCCCGCAUGAGAAGGUGCAGCUGCAAUCUGUUUCCAAGAAGUUUUUCGACCUUGCCCGCGAUAAUAACUUGUGGAAAUUGCACUGUUAUGAGCAGUCAUGGGCUGCUUUGCAAUCUUCCCGUCCGGCGGGCGGAAUGUCGGAGAGCCUCCUCACACAUUCAACGGCCCCUUUGAGCACGUUGGGACAGAGCUCGCUGCGCGAACUCAUUCAACCACCUCCCCCGCAGUUGGAGGAGACCGUUCCGAACGAUACCCGAGGGCUGUCUAUGAGUGAAAGAGCAAGGGCGGCAUCGGACUGGGAGUCGUCCAUUGAAGGAGAGCAUGUGGACUGGUACUCAGAGUAUAUUGCCCGUCAUGGACCGAUGUCGUUAUCCUGGAUUCAGCAGCCAAUGUUUCAGAAUGGCGAGGGCCGAAAGCGUACACCACAUGAGGUCAAGGGUAUGGGUUUGCUGAAAGACUGGAGCUCUGCAAGGCAGAAUAAGAUUGUUGCACCCCUGGAGGACGGAAGUGUAUGCAUUUGGGAUCUGAAUCAUUCCCAUUGCGGUGAUUCGAGCUCGAGCAAAGGCAAGAUCCUCGGCCUGAGUGAGCCAGGCCUCCUCAUGAAGAACCUGUCUCGGCGGAGAGAUCAUUCCCCUUCCAAAACUUCCCUUGAGUUCAUCAACAUGGGCGAAGGAGUAAGCGUAGACUCCUUCCGGCACCGAGCCUACUUGGCUGCUGGGAAUGUUCUCAAUGAGGUCGACCUGGAGACCUUGAAAUUGAUCUCGCAGCAGCGCUAUCCAUGGUCGAUCUUUGCACUCUCCCAAGAGACCGAUUAUUCUGUUCCACUAACACUAGCGACCACGCUCAGUCUUCAAAUACAUGAUGCCAGGUUACCUGCCACUGAAGAAGAGGAAGCGAUCAGUUUGCGGUGCGAAGAGAAUUCCGCUCCUUUGGUGCCUGAACUGGACAUAUUCUCUCAUUCCGAUUCGCCACGGCUGCAACUUCAGCCUAAUGGACUUCCUCCCCAUCGGAUUCGGAGCCCGGCUCCUUCAGAUGAUACUAAUUACGCACCGCUCUUCCAACCUGGUCCUUUGUCCAUUCUUCAUCCGCCUGCUCCGCAUGUAAAUAGUAUUCUCCUUGCAGGCCGAUUCCCUAGCAUCCUCUGCUACGAUCGUCGCUUCUUCCCUCGUCUGCAGAGCACUGUCCACUCUGGAGGUCGUAUCUGCGGUCUUACGUCCGCACCUGAACCCAGAUUCCCCGUUUUCAAAGACUCGGACUACCCCACAUCUCAUAGCGUUGUGGCAUGUGGCGAUUACAACGGGAGAGGCUCACUAGAACUAUAUAACCUCAGCUCCUCCUCUCAGGAUCCUCUUAGCCGCCCAUCAGACAGAUCAUCCACCCUGACACCGCAAUACAACAAUCGACAAAGCGCGGCUAGCUCCAGACUUCUGUCGGUGGCAUCUCACGGAAACCGUAUCGUCUAUUCUGAUGCCGAGGGAAACAUCAAAUGGGUUGAACGAAAUGGCCGCGCUGAAGUCCGUCGCUGGAAUAUAAAUACAUCUCAGCCCCAGAUUCCGUUUUUCCGAAACGAAGCAUCUACUGGGGAACCCGGAACUGAAGACCCACAGCCCCGGGGUCUGUGGCCGACUUCCCAGCCUGACAAUCACAGCAGUGAGGUUGCGCGGAAAAUUCUUCCCACGGGAGGAAACCUCACUGGCGAUGAGCUGCUGGUUUGGACUGGGGAACGCAUUGGGCGUAUCAAGUUUUCCAUCCCAGCGGGUCCGGGCGUAGAAGAUGAUGAAGAUGAAUGGUUCAUGCAUGAUGAAGUUGAUGACGAGACUCGGGAAGUCAUGCGACAUAAGCUACGGGAUGAAUGGGAGAAAGAGCGGAAAUAUGAAGAUACUAUGCGGCGGGCUUUGGAGAGACAGGCGGACGAGGUACGGUGGAUGGGGACGGACGGCAUGAGUUGA